CAACAUACUGUUUCUUUUUCCCCCUCUCCCAGAUACUUACUGGAGCAAGAUUUCCCUGGCAUGAGGAUUGGUCCAGAGCCCACCACCGAUUCCUUCAUCGCUGUGAUGUAUGGGGAGAACGAGGGCAGCACCCCAGGGAAUGCGUUAGUUGUGGACCCCAAAAAGCCAUUCCGAAAGCUUGGUCGCUUUGGAAACGCUUUCCUGAACCGAUUCAUGUGCUCCCAGCUGCCCAAUCAGGUCCUGAAGAGCAUCAGCAUCAUCGACAGCCCGGGCAUCCUGUCUGGGGAGAAGCAGCGCAUCAGCCGAGGGUAUGACUUCUGCCAGGUCCUGCAGUGGUUCGCUGAGCGGGUCGACAGGAUCAUCUUGCUCUUUGACGCUCACAAACUGGACAUCUCAGACGAGUUCUCCGAGGCCAUCAAGGCCUUCCGGGGCCAGGACGACAAGAUCCGCGUGGUGCUGAACAAGGCCGACCAAGUGGACACGCAGCAGCUGAUGCGUGUCUACGGGGCCCUCAUGUGGUCCCUGGGCAAAGUCAUCAACACGCCCGAGGUGCUGCGUGUCUACAUCGGCUCCUUCUGGGCGCAGCCCCUGCAGAACACUGACAACCGCCGGCUCUUCGAAGCCGAGGCCCAGGACCUCUUCAGGGAUAUUCAGAGCCUCCCCCAGAAGGCAGCGGUGCGCAAGCUCAACGACCUCAUCAAGCGAGCGAGGCUGGCCAAGGUACACGCCUACAUCAUCAGCCACCUGAAAAAGGAGAUGCCGAGUGUUUUUGGAAAGGAAAACAAGAAAAGAGAGCUUAUCGACAGGUUGCCAGAAAUCUACAUUCAGCUGCAGCGAGAAUACCAGAUUUCUGCAGGGGACUUCCCGGAGGUCAAGGCAAUGCAGGAACAGCUUGAGAGCUACGACUUCACCAAAUUCCACUCGCUGAAGCCCAAGCUGAUCGAGGCCGUGGACAACAUGCUGACCAGUAAGAUCUCAUCCCUGAUGAGCCUCAUCAGCCAGGAGGAGCUGAACACGCCCAUGCAGCUCGUGCAGGGCGGCGCCUUCGAUGGCACCUCGGAGGGCCCCUUCAACCAGGGCUACGGGGAGGGCGCCAAGGAGGGUGCCGACGAGGAGGAGUGGGUGGUGGCCAAAGACAAGCCCGUCUACGAUGAGCUCUUCUACGCCCUGUCGCCCAUCAAUGGCAAGAUAUCAGGGGUCAACGCCAAGAAGGAGAUGGUGACCUCCAAGCUGCCCAACAGCGUCCUGGGCAAGAUCUGGAAGCUGGCCGACUGUGACUGCGACGGCAUGCUGGACGAGGAGGAGUUCGCGCUGGCCAAGCACCUCAUCAAGAUCAAGCUGGACGGCUACGAGCUGCCCAACAGCCUGCCUCCCCACCUGGUGCCCCCCUCUCACAGGAAGUCCUUUCAGAAGGCCGACUGAGGGCGGGCCACCCGCAGGGCAGGCAGUGCGGGGUGGGGCUCCUGGGACUGGGGCCUGAGGUCCUCGCUGCCACUGACUCACUGAGUGACCCCGAGAAAGGCACUGCCCUCUCUGCCUCAGUUUCCCCAUCUGUAGAAUGGGGAGGGCAGACACUGGACACUAGAUGAGGUCCUUUCACCUCUAAAAUUCCCUGAGUUUUUAUUAAAAUACUGGGGGGAGAUGGGUAAGGAGAUUGUAACUGUGGAAAAGAAAUGGAAAUUGACCAAAGAGUACUCAGAAUCCUGGAGAGACGUAAGUGUGGGGGUGGGCUUGCUGGAGCCCCAGGAGAUUGGGGUGUGAGCUGGGGCUUCCCUGGACCACUCAUCAUCAUAAACCUGUUUGCCCUGUGGGAGCAAAGAUAA